GUUCUUAUUUCCCCACCACCUCCAGUCUAUUUGGUCUUAGGGCUGGCCGUGGCUAGUUAAGUUUCUCUCUUACUAUUCUUCCACGCCCCCCUCCCCAAACACAGCAGAGCAACAAACCUGAAGAAGUGUGUAUGCACACGGGCCAGUGGUUUUUGUUUCCUUUUACCUUUUCUUUUAUUCCCUUUUUAUUUUUAAUUUUUAAUUUUUUUUUCUCUUUUCAUACGGUUUUCUUUCCCUCCCCAAACUGCACACCCCUCCCUGUCCUCCCCACUUCUUUCCCCUUUCCAAUUGCAUGUCGCUUUCCCGAACGGUCUUCCCCCGAAACUCAUCUGGUCUUUUCUCCAUUCACGUUCCGUUUCCCUCUAUCUAUUAUUAUCUUUCGUUAUUGCCAUCUUCUCUUUUCGGUAAAUGUUUCAAGGAACCUUAGACCUGCAAAGUUAUCUACCUAGCUUUUCUGGAAUCUGCAAUCGCCACACACUUCGGUCCAGUUUCUCUUCCUUAUGAUGUUGAUUGUUAAUGCAUCC